UUCCAAAUCCGAUCCAGCGAGCUUACGCAGUCUGCAUGCGACAGAUCACUUUCCAAGCUCCGUGUCUCGCGUGGUUCCAACAUAGCGUCGUAACGAUUGCUCCAGAAAGUGUGCACCGUUCUAGAGAAAGCGUUAUAGUGGAGUUACUUCAUUGUUGUAUAUGUGUCAAAAUACCGUCAUCGCUGAUCGGCUCGUGUUUACAUCGUUGAUCGGAAAGUGACUGGGAAACGAGGGAAUACUUGGUACUGUGUUAGACAAACACGAGAGUAUGAUGGCGGGUAUUGUUCCGACUUCGAUCACAGAAUCUGCGAAUUUAGCAGACAUUGACUGGAAAGAACGAUGUAUUACCCUUGAAAGUCAAAUGAACAAGUUCAAAACACAGGCUACGAAGAUUCGGGACGUUCUCGGUGAAAAGAUGGAGGAAUUGGAACAAAAUGUCAAGACAUCCACUGAGAGAGCUGAGAAAGCUGAACAACAGGUCAUUGAACUUCAAGAGAAAUUAUCAGCUACUAAAUCUCAUAGUGCAAUAAAUAACGAUGACGGCGAUGGUGACGGAAUAGGAAUAUUAAAGGAAUGUUGCAAAGAAAAAGAUGAAAUUAUACAGAAUUUAGAAACACAAAUUGACGAGCAGAGGAGACUUCGUCAUCAUGAGAGCAAACUAGUGGAAACAAAGGCAGCCAAAAUAAAAGAGUGGGUGACCACUAAACUAGAAUCGUUGGAGCAGGAAAACCAACAGCUGAGGUCAGCGAAUACAGAGUCGAUGGAAGCUAUCAGAAAGUUACAAACUAAAGUGGACAUGUAUGAAAGCAACAACUCAAGGCGUUCUAUUGGUGUGCAAUACCGACCACUAUCAACGGCCAUGGAACCAUCAGAUUUAAUUGAGAGGCCUUCAUCUUUGGGCAUGAAGGAAAAAAAACAAGAUGGGAGUGACCCAGUAUUGAAUGUACCUUGGUCCCCAGUGCACGCCCUUAUAGAAGCACAAAGAAGCCGAUCAGAGAGCCAAGCAACUAACACAAAUAACAUUGAAAGUGGGAAAAAGGGACAUACAUGGCCUAAAAGAAAGUUACUGAAUAAAAGCAACAGCAAAGAACUUCAGGUCUUUGAUAUUGACUUUAGCAGUCAAGGUAAAUUUGAAGAAGCUAGAGGUCUUGAAGAAUCGAGUGAUGUUGCUGAUCUGAAUGAACCGCUAUAUGAGACGUUAAGAACAACAAAGCGUGAGAAUAAACUGUCGGCUCAGCCAACAUUGUCUGUUGAGUCACCAGAGUCAUCUACAGGAACACCGCCCAUGUCAGUGUCCCCUCUAACUGAAGAAUCACCGCCGGUGGCAAAUACGGGAUCACCGCCAUUAUCCAUGUCUCCGACGUUUACAGCAAACAAUACUAACUCUGAUUUGUAUGCAGUACCAAGGAAAUACAAGCAGUCUUCUUCAUCGUCAUCAUCGGCUGGUCUUAGCGACGGUAAAGAACCAUAUGAUAAUGAUAUAGAUGAUGAGACAGGUGAACCGCCAAUGUUGCCACACAGAAUGACCAAUAUUGACAUAAUUUCUAUAAUUGAAGACGAUGACAUUGAAUCCGAGACUAGAGAAGGCAAAAUGAAACCACCAACUCCACCUCAUCGACUGCCAUCUUGGGAAGACCGUAUAAUUUCCAUGGCUGCCAGCGGGAUGAAUUUGUCUCAGGAAAAUUUAUCACUGUCAGUAGAAGACUCAGAUACAGCUAUUUACCAGACAAGUGAAGUUAGUCACACCAAUCAGCUUUAUCAAGAGAUGCAGCCCCCAGUUUACACAAUUCUGAAAGGGCGAGCUGUUCAGAUCCGCAGUACACCCUACAGUGGAGACUCUUCCGAUUCAGAUAACGAUGAAAACUCAGCUACCUCAUCCAUGGUGACCACUUCACCAACCAGUGUUUCCAUGGCGAUGUCUCUGUCCAGUCCAAAGAAAAGUCGAACGAGUACUGCAAAUAAACGAGGCGUAUCUAUACAGUCUAAUAGUUCAGAAGGAGAUUACUGCAUGCCUCCUGAUGCUGCACCCAUUAUGGAAGAUACUGAAGAGUAUGAACAAAAAUUUUCAAAAACAACCCAGCCAGAUUCACCAAGAUCCACUAAAGACAUUCUUGAAAAGAGUGGUUAUUUAACUAAACUUGGUGGAAAAGUGAAAAGCUGGAAGAAGAGAUGGUUUGUUCUCCAUAAUGGUCAACUAGUGUAUUAUAAAUCUAAGAACGACGUCAGCAAUAAACCGCUGGGUCAAGUGCCGUUGGACGGUAAAUGCAAAGUAAUGAAAUCAGAAAGCUCGCAUUCUUUUGAGAUUGUUACAUCGCAGAGGACGUAUUACUUGUCUGCCGAAUCAAACAACGCUGUGGAUGAAUGGAUCCAAGCAUUACAGGGUGUUGUCAGCUUUCAAGAUGGCACUUAUUGGGAUUGCUCUGAUAACCACGGUGUAAUGAAAGGUUGGCUGGUAAAGGUCAAACAUGGGCAACACCGAAAGUGUUGGUGUAUGCUGGUCGGGAAAACGCUAACUUCGUAUAAAACACCCACAGAUAAGAUUGCUUUGGAAAGCAUAGAUCUACAAGGAAAACGAGUUGAAGAGAUUGACAGUCGACUGAAUAGUGACUUGUUAGGUGUACAGAAGCAACUCAAAUACAGAGUAGUCAUUCAUUUUUCAAGCUCCAAUAAUCAGGAACCUGUGUAUCUGCUGUUUAGUACCAAAGAAGACAAGGUAAAUAUCACCAUUUAA